AUGAUGAAAUUAAUUAUCCUUUUAAUUUAUAUUGUGAUCCUAAGUUUUUAUAUAGUUUCAAGUGAUGAGCAAUGUCAAUUAUCUAGUAAUAGUGAUUUAAUUGAUGAUUGUAAUUGUCGUAUAUCUGAUUUAACUGAACUUAAUAAUCAACGUCUUUAUCCAUUAUUACAUAAAAUAGUUAGUAAAAACUAUUUUCGAUUUUUUCCAGUUAAUCUAAGAAAAAAAUGUCUAUUUUGGCCCGAAGAUGGUCACUGUUCACGUCGAACAUGUGCGAUAAAACAAUGUCCAAUUGAAAAAUUACCUGAACCAUUACGUGAUAAAGUUAUUCAUCCACCUGAACCUUGUGCAAUAAAUCAUAGUAAUGCUACACUUGGAUUAAUUAAUAAAAAUAUAAGUGAAGAACAUCAACAAACAAUUCAAACUUGGAUUCAAUUUGAUGAUGGACAAUCAGAUAAUUUUUGUGAUGUUGAUGAUGAAACAUCAACUGAUUUAGAAUAUAUUGAUUUAUCAAUUAAUCUUGAACGUUAUACUGGUUAUACAGGUCCAUCAACUCAACGAGUAUGGUCAGCAAUUUAUAAUGAAAAUUGUUUUUUUUUACCGGAUUCUAAAAUUUAUUAUGAUCUUAGACAAAAACGUUUAAAUGCAGAUAAAAUGUGUCUUGAAGGACGAACAUUUUAUCGUCUUAUAUCCGGUCUUCAUACAAGUAUUACAGUACAUUUAUGUGCACAAUAUUUUUUUCCGACAACUGGUGGUGGUUAUACAGGUUCUGAUGGACGAUGGGGACCAAAUUUUGAUGAAUUUAAACGUCGUUUUGAUUCUGAAGUAACAGAUGGUGAAGGUCCAAAAUGGUUAAAAAAUAUUUAUUUUAUUUAUUUAAUAGAAUUACGUGCAAUUUAUAAAGCACGAGAAUUUUUUAAAGAUCAAACAUUUUUUACAGGAAAUGAAACUGAUGAUUUUCAUACAAAAGAAUUAUUUAUGAAACACUUUAUAAAAGAAAUUGAACCAUAUGCAAAUUAUUUCAAUGAACAUAAUUUAUUUCAAAAUGGAAAUGAAUUAUUAAAAGUUGAAUUUAAAGAACAUUUUCGAAAUAUAAGUCAUAUUAUGGAUUGUGUUGGUUGUGACAAAUGUAAACUAUGGGGAAAAUUACAAGUACAAGCAUUAGUUGUUGAAAAUCGUUUAACUUCUUCAACAGACGUUGCCGAUUUACCAACAUACACAGACAAAAACGAUCUAAAUUCUACAACAUCAUCAUCAUCAUCAUCAUCAUCAUCGUCAUCUUCAUCGUCAUCUUCACAUUCUGACAUAAUACUUUUUAAAGCUGCUGAAAAUGGAGAUACAGAACAAUUACUGAAAUUUCUUAAACUUGGCUCUAACCCAAAUAGUCAAAUAUUCAAUGGAAAUACAUGUCUUCAUCUAUCUGCAGUUAAUGGCCACAUUGAAUGUAUUCGUCAUUUACUAAAAUUUGGUGCUAAUCCAUUACUUGAAAAUAAUCUGGGUUUAACACCAUGGAAUAAUUUAUCAAAAUUAAAUGAAACAAUAGAACUUGAAUGUUUACAAGCAUUUGUUGAUAUUAGUCAAAUUCUACCACCUAUGGAUUUAAUUUUUAAUGCUAUUGAAUAUAAUCAUACAAAUACUUAUGAUUAUUUAUUAUCAAUUUUACACGAAGAAUUAAAAACUAAUCCUUCAUAUUGUUCUCGAUUAUUACGUAUGGCACUACGAUCAUCUAAUACAUAUUUUCUCGAACGUCUAUUUGCUAUUAUAACUAAACAAGACUUUAUUCAAUUUAUUAAUCCUAAUACAUUUAUUUCGAAUGAAUGUCUUGCUGUUUUAUCAGCAUUAGAUAAUGAAGAAAUUAAUUCAAAACCAAUCAAUUUAAUUGUUCGUAUUACAUCAUCUAAUGGUGAACAUCGAUACUCUUAUGCUAUUGGUAGAAUAUCUGUAACAACAGAUUUAUCUUGGCUUGAACUUGAACGAACAUGUGUAAAAAUGUUUAUUGAUCAUAUCACACAAAUCGAUUCACCAUUUGAUUAUAUGAAAUCUUCUAUUGGUUGCACAGCAAAUCAUAUUGAUACAAUAAUACUUGGUUUAACUAAAUGGCAUUAUCAAGAUAGUCCAAAUGAUGAAUCACCAAUGCCAUAUACAGUCGCACAUGAACAAGAUAGUAUAACUAUUCAACUUAAAGGAAUUCAAAUCAAUGCUACAGAUUCAUUAGCAUACCAUUAUUUCAUUCCAAGUCAAAAUUUGAAAAACUUUAUUCGCUAUAUUGAACAAAAUCUUUAUGUUGGAGUCUAUGGAGCAGCUCAUUUACAGAAAAAAUCAUUAUUUGAAGAUCUUAUGAGAUAUUUAGAACGACCAAUAGCUUUUUCAUCUAGUCCUAAAUUUCAAGUGAUCAGAUUUGAAUUUGAAAGUGUUACAAAUUUAGACGAUUGCAUUGAUGAACUUGUUGAACAAAAUUUUUUUCGUACAUAUCAAUGGUCAAAUGAACAACAAUCAUCUACAAAAUAUUUACUUUAUUUUGCUAAUAUACAAAAUAGUGGUGGCACUGAUGUACUUAAUUUAUUAUUAAAUGGUGAAACAGUUUCUGAUACAUGUCAAAAAAUAUCCUAUUCGAGAGAAGAAGAAUCUAAUUCAACAACAAUUUAUUAUUUUCCAUCCAUCUUUCAUAUAUUUAUUACAAUGAGUAAACGUACAUGGUCAACAGAACAUGAAGUUUAUAAGAAAUUUAAAUGGAUACCAUUUAAAAUUGAUAGUGUACCAUGGAAUGGUUUACUUAAACGACAAUUAUGGAGACGUAUGAUUGAUAUAACUAUUCGUGAAAAUCGAUCAAUUAAUAAUGAAUUAAUUAAAACAUUACAGUGGGUAACAAAUGUAUGGCAACGUUAUAAUGAAUGUUUACAAAAAUUAAGUCUUCAAGAUGCAUUACUUGGACCUGCAUUAUUUUUUGAUUGUCCAAUGGAACGUGAAGCUAUUUUCGAUUGGUUACAAACAAAAUGGAAUACAAUAGUAGCGCCACUUGUUCGUGAACUUUCAAUGAGUAAAUGUGCUCAACCAAAACCGAAAGGAUCAACAUCAGCGACAGCAACUGCUGCAGCUAUUGCUUCAUCAUUACGUGCCAAUAGUCUUGAGAUUAGUACACCUUAUGAAUCAGUGGCAUGUACAGCUUUGUAUGUCUUGUUACAUCGAGCUGUUUCACGUGAUUGUCCAUUGACAGGACAAGAACGCGAACAAUACCUAUUAAAUUUUGUUGGCAGUCGUUUGGAAGGUGGUGGUUCAUCGUCGAUGAUCUCCUCGGCAGCAUCAAGUCGUGCUAGUACUCCUCAACCAUCCAAUUAUUGUGACUUUGUAUCGAUACAACUCGAGUGA